AUGACUUUUCACGGCGAGACGGAUCUCCUCAUGUGCAGGACUUUCUCAACGCUUCUUGGAGGGAGAGCGCUGACAUGGUACACCACUCUACCCACUGGUAGCAUUGCGUCUUGGGACGGUUUGGCAAACAAGUUCCAGUCCCAUUUUGCAACCAGUCGCCCCGUGCCUAAGUCUGUUCAUUCCCUGGAAAAGAUUCUCCAACAAUCUGGUGAGUCCCUCAGAUCUUUUUUAGACCGCUUUGAUAAAGAGGCCUUGCAGGUGCAGGGCUUAGACCCAAAGGUGCAGGUACAUAUACUCCUUUCAGGCUUGCGACAGGGAGCGUUCGCUUACGAACUCGCCCGACACGAAAUUACUGACUUAGAAGAGGUCAGGAAAAAAGCCCAGGAGUUCAUGAGAAUAGAAGAGUAUAAAGGGAGUCGAGUUGAUGACGCCCAUAACCAAGACAAGACGGUAAGCAAAAGUAAGAACUAA